GCUAAGGUCACGUGGUUCACCCAUCGUGUGUUCAUGCUGAUCAUUUCAACCCGUGCGGUUGAACCAUUCAGUUGUAUUUGGAAUUUUGUAUAAAUUACUUAAUUCGGAAAUAAGAAUUUUAGAUAAUUCUCGGAUGGUCUGGUAUCACUACUUGAAUAUACAGUUACUAUCGUACUUUUUUCACGUGGAACAUGUAUACUGUAUCAAAAGGACCUAGUAAAAUUGUCGCCAAGACACGAAGAGGAAUCAGUCAGAAUCUCGAGAGACUAGAAACAUUACGUGAUUUAACGAGGAAAGCAGAUCCUGAUGAUAACCACGAGGCCACCCGACAUGUGCCAAAACCAGUUUUUCACGUGAAUGGAAAAUCUAAACUCAGUACACAUAGGCAUCAAAUGCAAGAAGUUAUCACACCACAGCAUGAAGAGCUUAUUAAAUUUGUUUAUGAAUCAUGGAAUCAAGUAAAUACAAGGCAAGGGAGUGAGUCUUCUGAUGUUUCUGACUGUUCAGAGCCUUCCAGUCCUAAUUCUAUAGUAUAUUACAAUGAUGGUGAACCAAAUGAUAGCCUUCAAGGUAAGUUUAAUUAUUUAUUUUAAGUACAUAAUACUGUAAAAUC